CAAAGUCUCCAGCAGCAGCAGACUUUAUGCAUGUGAGCUUCUGCACGUACCAUCCAGACUUUUAAGAAUCCAGCCCUUACCACCAGAUGGCCAACAGUGCGCUGAAACAUCCCUGAUAGGACGAGCCACCAGACUGCGUGUUCAUCUCCUCACCGUUAGCUGCACCGGGUCCGGGCUGAGCUGAGACUCUAAGAGGACCGAACAAGCGGGGGGACACAUUUCUGCUGCAGGAUGUACUCGUUUAGGAUGGAGCUGCCCUGUUGUUGUUUAUUGUUGCUGAGUUGUCUGCAGUCACUCUCGGCCAACUCUGAGUUCUUCACCUCCAUAGGCCAGAUGACAGAUCUGUUGUACACAGAAAAAGACCUCGUCACCUCUCUAAAGGACUACAUCAGAGCAGAGGAGAACAAGCUUGAGCAGGUCAAACGGUGGGCUGAUAAGUUGGAUUCGUUGUCCAACACAGCCGUACAGGACCCUGAAGGCUUCCUGGGACACCCUGUCAACGCCUUCAAACUGAUGAAGAGGCUGAACACAGAGUGGGGAGACCUGGAGAGCCUUGUACUCAAGGACACUACUGAUGGAUUUAUUUCCAACCUGACCAUCCAGAGACAGUACUUCCCUACAGAUGAGGACCAGACCGGGGCGGCUAAAGCUCUCCUCCGGUUACAAGACACUUACAGACUGGAUGCCAACACCAUCUCUACAGGAAACCUACCUGGAGUGAAACACAAGAGCAGUAUGACAGUAGAGGACUGUUACGAGCUGGGGAAAAUCGCCUACACUGAUGUCGAUUACUACCACACAGAGCUGUGGAUGGCCCAGGCCCUGAAACAGCUCGAUCAGGGAGAGGAGUCCACUAUCGAUAAGGUGACAGUGAUCGACUACCUCAGCUACGCCAUCUACCAGCAGGGGGAGAUAGAGCGAGCCCUGGAGUACACCAAGAGGCUGCUUGAACUGGACCCAGAGCACCAGCGUGCAAAGGGCAACCUGAAGUACUUUGAGUUCCAGUUGGAGAAGCAGAAAAAGGCUGAGAAGGACGAACCUAAAAAAGAGAAGGAGCGAGUGAAAAGAGAGCCGAGUAAAAAGAAGGAGAAGUCCAAUAAGAAGAUGACCGUACCGCAUCUCCCAGAGAGGAAGAAGUAUGAGAUGCUUUGUCGUGGGGAGGGCAUCAGAAUGACCCCCCGCAGGCAGAGCCGGCUGUUCUGCCGUUACUAUGACAACAAUCGCAACCCCAUGUAUGUGCUGAGACCUGUCAAACAGCAAGAUGAGUGGGACCGCCCCUACAUCGUCCGCUACUUGGACAUCAUCAGUGACAGUGAAAUGGAGAGGAUCAAGCAACUGGCAAAGCCACGACUUCGCAGGGCCACCAUCUCCAACCCCAUCACAGGAGUGCUGGAGACAGCGUCGUACCGGAUCAGCAAAAGGCGAGCCACGGUGCAUGACCCCCUAACUGGGAAACUUACCACGGCCCAGUACAGAGUCUCCAAGAGUGCUUGGCUCACAGGCUAUGAAGAUCCAAUGAUUGACAAGAUCAACCAGAGAAUCGAAGAUCUCACAGGACUGGAAAUGGACACAGCAGAAGAGCUGCAGGUUGCAAACUAUGGUGUUGGAGGUCAGUACGAGCCUCACUUUGACUUUGGAAGGAAAGAUGAGCCAGAUGCCUUUAAAGAGCUGGGCACUGGCAACCGCAUAGCAACAUGGCUCUUCUACAUGACUGAUGUACCAGCAGGUGGAGCCACAGUAUUCCCAGAUGUUGGUGCAGCAGUUUGGCCCCAGAAGGGCAGUGCAGUGUUCUGGUACAAUCUGUUUCCCAGCGGGGAGGGAGACUACAGCACCCGACAUGCAGCGUGUCCAGUGCUGGUCGGCAACAAGUGGGUAUCAAACAAAUGGAUCCAUGAACGAGGCCAGGAGUGGCGGCGACCUUGUAGCCUAAAUGAGACGGAUUAAUGGCAAAUGGAAACCUCCUCUUCACCUCCCUGGCUCUCUAUCUCCUUCCUUGUGAACCACCCAGGGCCAGAGAACACUGCUGCAGAUCACAGAUGAUACAUAUGGAUACAUGGCUCACUCCUUGUCUUCAAACACUCUCAGUUCCUCUCCAGCUAUUACGCUCUGAGCCCAGAUAUUGUUUGGGUUAAUGUCGAGCCCCUGGACAGUAUUAGCAUCGCUGUGACAGAUAACAUGUUCUUAAGGUUGUCGGAUGGUUUGGAGAAACACUCGUGCCCUUUUUCACUCCCGUGUGGUUGUCUUUGCACUCUGUAUGAACUUUAGCUCUGUGGUGAGGUUAUCCGUCAGUGGUGACCGUAGGGACCAGCUUCCUCCCUGUCUGUCUGAAACUUAAAGUUACACUUUAAGUUUUUAAGAGGCCUGUCUGAUUCAUUGUAUUCCUUUCAUUUUAUUAACAGAGCAACUGGGCGUGUGGUUUUUAGAAAAUGAAAGGAUUUUAACAAUGGAAAUCAGCAGGGCUGUACAUUAUUUGUUCUUAAAUUUCCAUGCACCACUUUCAAAACAGUUUGUUUUUCUUCAACUGGCUUGUUGUUCACUGAAUUUCUCUCUUUUCCUUCUUUUACAAUCCCUGUUUCUAGUAACUUCCAUUUAAAGCCAAAGUAAGUGCUCCGUGGAAAGAAUGAACAACUCAGCAAAAUGGUCAAACUCCAAAAAAAACAAAACUGACCACAAUCCGCGCUCUUCAUUCCCUGUAAGCUGUGCAACUGAUCAGAGCUGAUUUAAGUUGCACGGCUAGAUCUAUGCAGUGCAUUUCGACACAUCACAUUCCUUGAUUGUCUGCUUCAAAGCCUGGUGUGUGUUUUUAACUCAUCUGAAUGGGCACACUAUGAGAUAGAUUUGUUGUACUUGAACACAAGGUGUUUACAAAUGCAUGGGCACACUUAAAGGAACAGUGUAUAAGAUUUAGGGGGAUUUAGUGGCAUCUAGUGGUGAGGAUUGUAAAUUGUAACCAGCUGAAACUGCUCCUGGUUAGAAUUCCUUCAGUGUGUAUUGUUGAGGAGGUUUAUAGCAGGAGCCGAAUUAUCCACAGAGGUCUCUUCCUCUGAUUUAAACCGAUAAAAACACAGAAUAAUGCAGUUUCAGGUUAAGGGGCUGCUGACUACAGCGGCAGUGAAAACGUGAGUGGCCCUGUCUGGAGCAUGUACUCGGUUUGUCCGCUCUGGGCUACUGUAGAAACAUGGCAAUCUCUGUGGAUGAGGACCCGCUCCCUGUGUAGAUAUAAACAGCUCAAUUUAAGGUCCCAAAGCACAACAAUUUUUAACUUUCAGGUGAUUAUUCACUAAAGAAAACAUACUUAUUAGGGCUGUCAAGCUAUUAAUCAUUUACAUCAGUUUUUGCUCUCAAAGUAUUUAAAAAAUGUCACUGAAUUUUGGCAGAUGUGUCGUAGUAAAGCUGCUGGAUUUUGGACGCAAUAUUGUCCCCCUGUCCUUCACUAAAACUGGUCUGCAAGGGAGUUAUUUAGUUGGCCACAGGUAGACUUACUCAGUUUGCGUCUGAACGCCUGGUCGAGUGUGACUUGACAAGGCUGGCUGCUAGUGCUAGCAUCAGAGGCUGUGCUAGCUCGGAGUGCUUUGAGUUUAGGUGAUAUUUUAGGCCUGAGGUGUUUUUUUAGAUAUAAAUGUUUCAUUCAUGGGGCCAAGCAGUGUCGUCUCGUCUGCCUCCAUCAUGUGACAGAAGCACUGUGGCCUUCAGUGACACACAGGGUCAAAGGGUACCAUGGAACACGAUUAAUCAGCGUUAAUUUCUUUUUUUUGUGAUUAAUUGAAAUUAACGCACUAUGUUGACAGCCCUAAUACUUACUGUAUUAUAUUCCAUUUCUGCCAAUAUGUCCCCCUAAAUCCUAAACACUGUACGUUUAACACCUGGACACAAACAUGGUCACACACACUCCAAUGCUGCCUAUAAUUUACGUUGUGUUCAUCAUGAUUGUCUCAGUGUUUUGUAAUGACCGUUUAGUUGUUAAGUUAAACAACAAAGGAACAGCAGUUUAUUUUUUUCUAGGAAAAGGAGGAGUGGGCUGGACACACCACACUGUGCCAUGACCGGUUUAAAACCCAGUUUUUAAACAGAGUGAAUGAUUCUUGAUUGUUGAGGACGCCCAGUGCUUAUUCAGUGUGAGAAUAUGUGGGUUUUCCAAGGAAGAAAUAUUUUAUUUAUAUGUCCCAAGCCUGUUUUGUGAUGUUUUUGUCUUAAAUGAUUUUUUUCUAUAAUAAAAACUGUUUUAUUGAUCUCAA